CCACCUUAUAUGCAACAUACUAUCAAAACUUUUAGUCAAACAACAUCUUCCACUAUUUAUCCACCAAUGGCCACCGCUUCCCACCAUCACUCCGCUAUCCCUAAUGGCGGCGCCACCGUCGAGAUCCGACAACCACCGCCACCCCUUCCGAGUUUCCUCAACAGUGUCAAACUAAAAUAUGUUAAGUUAGGAUAUCACUACCUAAUGAAACAUUUCCUUACAUUUAGUCUCUUCCCUAUUAUUACCAUCAUUAUUUUUCACAUGUCACAUUUGAAUGUUGAAGACAUAGAGAAACUAUAUUUUCAGCUUCAAUACAACCUUUUCGCGGUCAUGGCGUUAUCCGGAGCUAUUGUACUUGGAUUAACUGCUUAUCUCAUGACCCGGCCCAGACCGGUUUACCUAGUGGACUACUCUUGUUACCGUCCUCCAGACAACCUUAAAGUCAAAUUUGACGUCUUUAUGGAACGUUCAAAACUCCAUGGCGGAUUCAAUGAAUCCGCCCUGGAGUUUCAAAGAAAAAUACUUGAACGUUCCGGUCUUGGAGAGGAGACGUAUCUCCCCUCUGCUUUACAUAAAGUCCCUCCCGCCCCAUCAAUGGCUGCCGCUAGAGAAGAAGCCGAACAAGUUAUGUUUGGUGCUCUUGAUAAAUUGUUUGAGUCCACUAAUGUUAAUCCCAAAGAUAUUGGAAUCUUGGUUGUGAAUUGUAGUCUUUUUAACCCAACUCCUUCGUUAUCGUCCAUGAUAGUUAACAAAUACAAACUCCGCGGAAACAUUAAAACUUUUAACCUUGGAGGUAUGGGAUGUAGCGCAGGCGUGAUUGCUAUCGAUUUAGCGAAAGAUAUGCUUCAAGUUCAUCGUAACACUUAUGCCGUUGUUGUCAGCAUGGAAAAUAUAACACAAAACUGGUACUUUGGGAACAAAAAGGCAAUGUUGAUUCCAAACUGUUUAUUUAGAGUUGGAGGUGCGGCUGUGUUGUUAUCAAACAAAUCCGGGGACAAAUAUCGAGCAAAAUAUAAGCUUCUACAUGUCGUCCGAACCCAUUGUGGUUCAGACGACACAGCAUUCAAUUGCGUCUACCAAGAACAAGACGACUCAGGAAAAACCGGGGUAUCCUUAUCCAAAGACUUGAUGGCUAUCGCCGGGGGUGCAUUAAAAUCGAACAUCACAACAUUAGGCCCUCUCGUGCUCCCAAUAAGCGAACAACUUUUAUUUUUCGCGACUCUAAUAUCGAGAAGAAUAAUGAACUCGAAAGUAAAACCAUACAUUCCAGAUUUUAAACUCGCAUUUGAUCAUUUUUGUAUACACGCGGGUGGGCGAGCAGUGAUAGAUGAGCUUGAAAAGAACUUGCAGUUGUCUGAAGAACACGUCGAGCCAUCAAGGAUGACGUUGUAUAGGUUUGGGAACACGUCAUCAAGCUCGAUAUGGUAUGAGCUGGCUUAUACGGAGGCAAAAGGGCGAAUGAAGAAAGGUAACCGCGUUUGGCAAAUCGCUUUCGGAAGUGGCUUUAAAUGUAACAGUGCGGUUUGGGAAGCGAUUCGAGCUGUCAAGCCUUCGGAUAGUAACCCAUGGGCAGAUUGCAUUCAUAAAUUCCCGGUUGAAAUAAGUCUUUGAUGAUUGAUUCUAAAGAAUUACAAAAAAUUGUUUAAAGUGUCAUAAUUUGUAAUGUAAUUGUAUAAUUUUUUUGUUUCUUUGUUUCUUUUAAGAGUGGCUGAAAAGAUAUUGGUUUGUUUUUCA